GGAAAUCAACGGAAAGAGAGCAACAUGGCUGAUGCUCACAUUGGAAAUCGUGGUAAACAAACUCCGGGGUUAAAGAGUGGCUACAUUGAAAAGUUUAUAAAAUACAAGCAAGCAAAGCAGACGGAACCACUCCAGGAAAGAGGAAAUAGGCCUACAUCGAAGAAUGGUGGACAGAAAAGAAAAUCAUGCCCAGUUACAACUACCAAAGUGCCAUUUAAGAAGACAAAGGAAAAUAGAGCUUCUGUUAUCCCUAGUACAGACAAGUCAAAGCCCCACCGUAGCACAACCAAUAUGGUCAAGAAACCUGCUGUCUCUCAAACAGCUACACCGAAGCCUAUGUCUGCUGCCGACAAGGGUGGCACAGAACGGGAACCCACUCCAAUGUUAGAAAGACUCCAGAGAUGGAAGGAAGAAAAGGAACAGAGAGCCUUAGAGAAGAGCAAUUAUAACAGGAAAAGCUGUCAAGGUUUGUCAAGUUCAAGUAAAAAGUACCUUAAACCAGGUGGACCAUGCCCACUUGAGCAGUCUCAUCCUAAAAGGUCUGACACAGCACCCAAACUGACUGGGACACAAAAGACAGUCAGUAAGACCACACAUAGGACUCCCAGUAAUAAAGGGUCAGUCAGUAAGUGGGAAAGGCUGUCUCGGGGUUCAUCGGCUAAAUCAAGGGAUGGUGCGAUGUCCAACAUCACAUCCAACUCCGAGACCAGUGUGUCUGGCAAGGGCUUUGUAACAGGAGGAGCAGAACGUGGUGUGAUCAGGUCAAGAUCACAGGGUGCAGAACGUGGUGUGAUCAGGUCAAGAUCACAGGGUGCAGGCAAUAAACACCAAACAAAGACCAGAGGUCCGAUAUCUGAGAAAGCAGAGGUGAAGAGACGCCACUCUGAGGUCCAGGCACGAGUCAGUCCUCUCAGAAGACCAGGAAUACUCAAGAGGAAGUCUUGUAUCGCGAGCUUUGGAGAUAAUGGAGAGACAGAGACCAGUAACAGAGCCAAAAGUGAUGAUGGACAAACAACCCUGUCUCCCUCCAGUGAUACACCAGGCCACACCACAGUCAGGGCUCUCCCCUGUAGGACUCCAGAUACUGCCAGGACGGUGAGAUUCUGCUCCCCUGGGGGACAGAGAGUUGACACUACCGUCAGGAAAACUCCCAGCAAGCAAAGCAAAGAGGAGUCAAUGAGAAACAAAUUAAAUGAUUGGCUUGAUGCAAAAGGAAAAACGCCAUCCAAAUUCAGGCAUUUGAUGUGUUUUGAUGCCAAAAUGUCAGCCAGAAAGAAAAAUGAUCCAAAAACAAAGAGAAGCAUCACUGUUGAGGAGCUAACAGAACAGCAAGAGACAAUGGAAAGAGAGAGCACAGUGGCUGUGAAUCUGACAGGGAUGUUUGACAGGGUUGCUGAUGAGGAGGAGGAGGAAGUUGAGACAGGUGAGGGUGCGACACAGGAGGAUCCGGGCCUUUCACAACUACGUACCAUCCUAGACGAGUGUACCAUCCUCUUUGAGGCAGGCUGUCCCUACACAGACAUCCUGAAGUGGCUGGAUUCCAUUGAACAAAACCUACCCCUAGCCAGGAAGUCGGCCAUCUUCUACAUCUGCAAGGCCCAAGUGUUGCAGUCUACAGCAGAUCUAGACAAGGUCCUCAAGGUGUUUGAGGAAGCUGUCAUCAAAGGCGCCCAGCCAGCACAGGAACUGGCCACAGCCCUGACAGCAAUUGUGAAGGAGGUCAGCGAGGAAAGAGAGCGGAAAGCUCAUCAGAAGGGAAUCAAGAAACGCGUUCAGGAGGAAAACAUCUUUGAAUCAACCUCAAUAAAAUAUUGUGUACGUCAGGUCACCCCAUUCUCAAAGAGGAGCAGAAGAUCCACAGGUGAUAGCUCCAUAGGAUCGCAGUGUAAAGUUUUAACACCAGUCAGGCGGUCCACACGCAGAAGUCUGGUGAACCUUCCCGACACUCUACAGGAGAAAACACCUGUGUUCAACACCCUGGAAGAACUCUCCGACUCAGACAAGAAAAAGACAUUGUAUAAAGAGAAUGAAGCUCUGGAACCAAUUAUGUUAGAUUUUAACGAUUCAGGCCAUGAUAUUAUGCCUUAGAUUCAUUGCUGCUGUGUCAUAUAGUGUGGUUGUUUUAUGUUAAGGUGGUGUAACAGUAUGAAACAGAUAAUUGUAUUUACAUAUUUUAACUCUGAUCAGUACUGGGCUUAUUAUUUCUAAACUGACAUAAUUUUAACCAUUUCUUACUUACAAAUUUGAAUAUCGUGAAUAAUGAUAUUAAUAGUGCUUGAGUUUGGUUUGCAUCCUCUUUCAAAUGUUGUCAAGAAAAUAGUGGAAUUCAUAGUUUUAAUGACAGCUCAUGAUCAAUGAGAAUGUGAUUGUAGCAAAUUUCAAUCCAAUGAGGCAUGUAAGUGUCAGCACUGGACUGUUUUAUACAUCAUAAGUAAAGUAUUGUUUCAGGUAUGAAACAUAAUUAUGAACAGAAGUACCAUGAAUUGGACACAUAUAAUCAGUAUUAUCAUACAUAGAGUACCAUGUGUGGCACCAUUAUCAUACAUAGAGUUCCAUGUGUGGCACCAUUAUCAUACAUAGAGUACCAUGUGUAGCACCAUUAUCAUACAUAGAGUACCAUGUGUGGCACCAUUAUCAUACAUAGAGUACC